AUGCCGCCACGACCCUUCGUCAACGACGCCCUUUGGCGAUGUCUAUGUCCAAGAUGGGCUCAAAUUUCUGGUCGAUCGAGAACAGGCCUCAUUGGCGCUGCGAAGAGGAUAUCUACGCGACCUUCAAUCCACUCCGAACCUGCGAAGCAGUCUUCGCGUACGUAUAACAAUGCCGCAACCGCACCGAAUACUUCCUUCGCCCCGAUCGGAGCCUUCGACAACUUGCCAGAUGCGGUGGGUCGUCAUCAGCGCAACACCAAACACCAGAAUGCUCUUGAAAAGAACAAACGUACAACCGACUUCGUCCGCCUUUCCACCGAAGAGCUCUACAAUCGACUGCGUAUCGAUGCUGCAAAGGGAUUUCAUCAAGAAGUCAUGAGAAUGCUCAAUAUCUUGAUCAAGGAUAGGCGGGAGCGACCGAACCUGCAGAUGUACACGGCUCUGCUGCACUCGUACGUCUCACCCGAAUGGGGCACGGCAGGGAAGAUCCGCAAAGCUCUGGAAGACAUGGCCGUUGCAGGCAUCGAACUCGAUGCGCGUGCCUGCGAAUGCGCUCUCGAAGCACUUGCCGUACACCCCGAUUCCUUCGUGCGGACGGAUGUAUUGGAGUACAUGCGGGACAGGUGGUGGAGCCCAACUUCUACAGCACAAAGUUUUGUCAUUGCUGGGUUGCUCAGGGAGAGAUGCUUUGAACAGGCGCUGGAGAGGCUGGAGAGCAUGCUCAAGGAGGGCACCAGGAUAGAACCGUGGUUAUGGGAUAAAGCGAUCUGGAUGUUGCUUGAGUUUGGCGAGGUGGAAGAGGCGUUUUACGUGCUGAGCCUCAAACGAAAUAUCUCAAGUAAUGUGGAUGUCAGCUUGAGUGGAAGUUUAUGGACACAGCUACUGGAUGUUGCAGGCAAGAGGCAUAUCCCCGAAGCCGCGAGCAUGAUAUGGUACACCCAUGUCGUACCCGGAUAUUUAAAACCGACCACGGGGACGUGCCUCAAUAUUCUCUCCGCUGCCUCUCGCGUAGGUGAUGUUAAGCUCGCUACAGAUGUUUUCCGCGUCCUCGCUGAACGCAACACGGUGCUCAACAAUCACCAUUACGAGACUCUGAUACAGUGUUACCUCGCCGCCAACGAUCUGCCUGCCGCGCUGAGCGUCGUCCUGAUCAUGCAAGACUCAAACCUCAAAGUCAGAGAAGAUGAGCUGCAUCCGUUGUUUGCAUACCUGAGCAAAGAUAAGGAGCGGCCCAUGAACGCCUUCAUGCAGCUCCAAGACCUUGAACGCGAAGGUCGCAAGAUCCCUACCGCUGCCGUGAAUAUCUGCAUCGCAGCCUCCAUCAAGCUGGGUGAUCUCACCGAAGCAAUCGAAUUCUACAAAGCGCUAAAGAGUGUCGCGAAAGCCGGCCCCACGACUGCAACCUUCAACGAGCUCUUCCGCGGCUGCUACCGCACCGGCCGUAAAGAGCUCGCCAUGUAUCUCGCCAACGAGAUGGUUGAACUCGACCUUCGACCCGAUCGCUUGACCUACGACCGCCUGAUCUUGACUUGUAUCCAUGCUGGGGACCUCGACGAUGCGAUCAGCUACUUUGAGGAGAUGAGGACUGAAGGCCUAGUUCCAAGACGCAAGACGCAUGAAAAUCUCGUCGAACUUGCAUUCAAGGCAAAGGAUGGGAGAUGUGUUGCGCUGCUGAAGUGGUACAAGCAGGCAGAAUAUAGAGUCGAGGCUCGAGUUGCGACGUUGGAGAGGCUGAUUAUGAAACAUUUUGAAGAGGGUGAGGAGAGAAAGAAGGACGUCACAGGGGACGAGAAUGGUCAAGAUGCGCUGGAUGCGUUGCAGGGAGAGCGGGGUGAGAAGGGAGAUCAGGCACCCAAUAAGGAGAAGAAUCCGCAGGACGUGCUGGAAGCGUCGCAGAAGGAGAUGGGAAGCGCAGAGAGGGGGACUGAAGCCAUGACAGAAGCCGUUCAGAGGGAGGAAGCCUUGGAGGAACCGAUUCAUGCAUUUCUUGAGGAUUCGGAAACGCAGCCACAGUCACAAACACAGUCACCGAACAGUGCCGUAGACUACACCAAAUUCCAUGUCUAG